GCUGGCCGCGCUCACCCUUCUCCAAGCCAGGGAACCGGGGAAUUUCUUUUAUGGUUGCUUUCUCUGAAAUGCCAAAGCCACCCGAUUAUUCAGAACUGAGUGACUCUUUAACGCUUGCCGUGGGAACAGGAAGAUUUUCGGGACCAUUGCACAGAGCAUGGAGAAUGAUGAACUUCCGUCAACGGAUGGGAUGGAUUGGAGUGGGACUGUAUCUGUUAGGAAGUGCAGCAGCAUUUUACUAUGUUUUUGAAGUCAAUGAGACUUACAACAGGCUGGCCUUGGAACACAUCCAACAGCACCCUGAGGAGCCUUUUGAAGGAACCACAUGGACACACUCCUUGAAAGCUCGAUUGCUCUCCCUGCCUUUUUGGUUGUGGACGGUUAUCUUUCUCAUACCUUAUUUACAGAUGUUUUUGUUCCUUUAUUCCUGUACAAGAGCUGACCCCAAAACUGUGGGCUACUGUAUCAUCCCAAUAUGCUUGGCAGUUAUUUGCAAUCGCCACCAGGCAUUUGUCAAGGCUUCUAAUCAGAUCAGCAGACUACAAUUGAUUGACACAUAAAGUUAGUCACCGUUUUUUCCUAACUGAUUACAAAACUACCAUUACUCUAUGGAGCCUGAUCACAAGACUGCAGUUCCUUCAGUUUUCAGGAAGUUGUGGUGGGGCAGAGGCUUUUUAAAAAGUGAUUAGGGGGCUAUCUUUAUCUGAAUAAUGAAUUUUUAGGUAAAUCCUGAGAUACAGUACUGAAAAAUCAUGUUGUUGACUUCACAUUUUGGAAGUAAAAUUGUGUGUUAUUCGCAUUCUUUAGAAACUUGAAUAAGUUACCUGAACUCAUUUUUAUUCUACUGUGCGACAGAGAUGGUUCAGCAAUUUUUCCUUCGGGAAAAAAAAAUGUGACUAUUUCCAUUGUGCUAAAUGUAAAAAAACUCCAAACAUGAUCAUAAAAUUUAAAUUUUAUAAAAUUACUUGACUUGCUUUAAAAUUCUUCAUAUUAAACCAUCAAUUCAUCCUGUUGUAGCUAAGCCAACUAUUUAUGCUUGCUUUCUAUCAACUUACAGGGAACUGCUCUAAGAAUAUUGAGGCAGUAGCUGUCUUGAUAAGCAGAAUUGGUUCUUCCUCCUGGUAAUGGUUGGUUAGCUCAUUAUUAUCCUGUUUCUAGAAAAUUCCUUGGGAAGAGACCAAAUGUUUGAAAGUUGAGAAAUAACUUACAUAGAGAAGAUGGAAACAAGGUGUUUCAAUGAAAAUAGGGAACUCAGUCCAGUUGCUAUCAGAUGCAUGGUAAAAGAUGCCAUCAAGUCAUUGUCCCUUCUAAUUUUUUUUUUUUUUCCUGGCUCAAGGUCAGGAUUAACUGCUGAAUUGCUAAUAUACUUUGGAAAAAGAAAAAAGUCUUCAGGAAAUGUAGGUCAUUUGCGUGAAGAUGUGAUUCUUGUACCA